AUGGAGCUGGUUCACUGUCGUGCCAGGCGAAGGUUCGCGAGGGGACUUAAAAGAAAACCUGUGCAUCUAAUGCGACGACUGAGAAAAGCCAAGAAAGAAGCUGCCCCAAUGGAGAAACCAGAUGUUGUGAAGACACACUUGAGAAACAUGAUCAUUCUUCCAGAGAUGAUCGGCAGUAUGGUUGGUGUGUACAACGGCAAAACUUUUAACCAAGUAGAAAUUAAGGUAGGGGUCACAUUUAUUUUUUUGUUUUUUACCCAGUAGCUAUUGAAUUACGAAUCGUACGGGACCGGUACACCGACUUGUAUUUGCUAUUGAUACAGGAUUCUGAUUGCUACCCACAGAGGGCUGCUUGGGCUAUUGCAUUUAAUAUGCGUAUCCUCCGGUUGAGGACUUACCUUUUCUUCUUACUCCAGAAGAUUGGGUAAAACUGCAUUUACCCCUGAAGGCCUCCAUAAAAUAUGGGUUUAUGCUGAAGAAUUUCGUGAGAAUUAAAGCUUCACCCCUAAAGAAUUCCAAAUUUUUUUACUCUACCCCUAAAGAAAUCCUCAAUUUUUAUAACUUAUCCCUGGAGAACUCCAUGGUUCCUCAACCAGGGGGUGCAGAUAUUAAAUGCAAUAGCCUCCCAAUUCCUGUAGCGCAGGACACGUUUCUCGUAGUGCACCAUAGUCCUAAAACUGUAAGUAUAUCAUUUUGUAUCAUUGCCAAAAUUCUUCAGUGGUUUCAAGAAGCGUUGAUAAAGUUUUACCGUGACUAGCAUGCACACAAAUUUUUUCCUCGGAGACCUGUAGACUGUUGCAUAUUAAAAUUUCUUUGUGAAGGAUCGGUAUUUCCAUAUUUAGAUAAAACAUGCUUUCAAUAAAGUCGCUUUAUCCACUACACCACAUUAAAAACUACCUGUUUUAAAAAAACUUUCAGGUGAUGGCUUUGCUUAUAACUGCCAGCAGGUUUUGUUAAAAGUUUUAAGCUGAAAUGAAUUGUAGACGGACUGGCAAUGCUUCCAAAAGCGCUGUCAUACUUUUUGGCUUCUUUUGGACAAAUGGAUGUUCCAGCGAAAUCUACUGGAAAAAAUCUAUGUUGGAUAUUAAAACCUGUCAGUUCAUGGCGCUGCUUUAAAGUUUAAGCCAGUGAGUUUAUCGAAGUGCCAAAAAGAGUACUGUAUGCAAAUAUGGUACCUGAGAAGGCUUCAAAUUAGACAUGUUUUGACACUGUUCAAAUUUACGAUCUGUCGUCACACAAAAAAGUUUUUUUCAGCAAAUGUUCUGCUGUCUCAUUUUUUUGCAGUAUAUUAGGUUCUUCUCGCCUUGUCACACAUGACAAAUUUGCAUACUGUCAAAGCAUGUGAAAUUUGAAACCUACUUCUCAAGUCUUAUAUUUGCAUACUAUGAAAAGAUAUAUUUUUCGGCACUUCUAUAAACCAGAUAAACUCACUGGCCUAAACUUUAAAGCAGCUCCAUAAAAUGACAGGUUUGUAAAUCCAACGUAGAGUUUUUCCAGUACAGUUUGGUAGCACAUCUGUUUGUCCAAAAGAAACCAAGAGGUAUGACAGCGCUUUGGGAAGCGUUGCCGACUGGUCUACAACGCGAUUCACGUCUCGCGAGAGAGUGGUAACUUACUUUUGAGUGGUACUGUAAGUUAUGCCAAAAAUUGCCGCUUCAACAUUUAUCGCACGACAAGAAUGCGUAGCACGCGAGUGAUUCUCGUCGCAAAGGAAACGAGACACGAUUGGUAAGUUUAACUUACUUUUGAGUGGUACUGUAAAAUGGAGGCUCAUGGAAAACUGUUUGACUGGCAAAAAAAAGGAUAGAUAACGAACGAUUAAAGAACAGUCUGCAAAGCAUUUGAAUGGAUAAAUAAGUUAUUCAAAUGGAGGUAAUCCAUUUGAACAGAUGAAUAAAAAAGCCAAACGGACUAGCAAUCCCUUUGAAUGGAUUGGCUUAACUGCCUGCAAAAAUCAUUCCGUGGAGGAUAAUAAUAUUUUGUCUUUGAGAAAUGCUUCAACAGAAAGAAAAGACUAUUUCAAUUUCCGUCUUAUCAAAAUAAAAUGUUAUCAAUGCUGAAUUAAACAGUUAAGAGAUUUGCAGGGUUCUCAGUAAGUGCCGGCAACCGGCUUCUUUGAGGUAUGAGCUGUCUACAGUGAGGGUGUGAAAGCCUCAAAUUGCCUACAACACUUGAUUGCCAAUCCACCUUUUACAUCCUAGCUGUCUACUUUAAAACUUAAUGAGAACCCUGGAUUUGAAAUACCAAUUUGCCUUGAAUGUUUUUGUUUACCAAGAAACACUAAUGUCAUAUGGACGAUGAAAAAUGACUCUGCUCAGCAAAAGUUUGCACCUCAACUUCUCAUUUUUGGUUUUCUUGUCAUGAAACAUUUUUCAGUAAGUGAAUGAUAAAUCUCCGAUUCUUUUUCAACAACGCAGAAACUCGCGUGUUUUGUUUGUAACCUGAUACCACCCUAAUAAAGAAACUUGCUUAUGUGCAGCAGCUUUGUAUUGCGUGACAUUCCCCUUCAAAGAAAACUGCCCUGCUAUAAAUUCAUGUGAAAAUAAAUAUUUAAACUAUUAGUUUCACAGCCAAUAUUGUAAUGUGCGGUUCCAGAAAAUAUCCAUACCCCCCCCCCCCCAUGAAAGGGAUUGGAUUUUCCAGGGGGCAGGGGGGUCGAUUUGCCUAAUUUUCCAGCGGGGAGGGGGGGGUCACCAUAGGAAAAUAUUCCCAGAGGGUUCUCGUGACGCGUAAGAGAGUAACAAAGAAAAAACACAAAAAUUUACCACGAAAAUUUAUUUGCAAAGAUAUAAAACACAAUGAAAGUUAAAGAGCUACUAAACCUAUGGAUUAAUGGACAUAGCGAACAUAUUUUGUCAGUCCCUUGGCGUGACCUCUCGCGCAAAAAUGUUCCUUACGGUUUGCCGUUUUCGAACAGAUUUGGUAUCCGUUUGAGCGGCUUGGGUUAUCCGUUCAAAAACAAUUGUCAUCCGUUCGAACGGCUUUGGCUAUCUGUUCGGGAAAAAUUGUCAUCUGUUCGAACGGCUUGGGCUAUCCGUUUGAGAAAAAUUGUCAUCCGUUCAAACGGCUUGGGAUAUCCGUUUGAAAAAAUUGUUAUCCGUUCAAACGGCUCGAGCUAUCUGUUCGAAAAAGAAUUUGUCGACCGUUCGAGCGACUGAAGCUAUCUGUUCAAAGAUAAAUUUUAGCCGAGUUUCCAUCCCAAAACCAUUUCGUCGCUAGCCACUCGCGUCGAAUGACCUGUUAUUCUCCAGGUCACGUACAUUACAAAGUUUGUUUACAAACGUAUUAUAUAUGAAAUAGUUAAGGAUCUCUGCUCCUUUGUAGCCAUCUUCGCUUUCAUAUUAUCAAUCGAUUAUCGACAGUAUCGACAUACAUUUUAUUCAAUACUUAAGUUUUUAUUUUUUCAACAAGUUUCCCGUAAAUAACAUUUUUUAUCUUUUACGCUUUUGUAGUUUAUGAGCCAGUGGAAUGAAACUUCAUUUUCCUUGCAUGUCGAAAACACAAAACACGAAAAAUAAGUUUUUUCAGUUGGUUGCAUUUCUUCUUCUCUUGACUGUUUCUCUAUCACAAAGAAGUUACAUGAGUCUUUCCAGCACGUUAAACUUUGCGUGACAAUUUUCUUAUCAAUGACAUCGGCGACACGCAAUUUUACCGCAAACUCAAAUAUGCAAAUUUCGUAGAACGAAAUUCGAUACUCACACUGUCUUGUCGCACCACAAGGUCCUCAUCUCUUUAGUUAUACUUCUUCAAGUGAUGCUUUCUUCUUGACGCAGUGCGAGAAAAGUACGGUUAUGUUUGCUACGCGACCUUGCAUUUCAUAUGCAGAAUUGUGGAAUUCAACAGAAAUUACAUGAAAUGCACAAAAUUUGUCUUUGACUUGAGCGCAUAAGGAGUUCGCAUAAGGAAUUCGCUUAUCUGUUAUACAAUGCAACAGAAAAUACACGAAACUCACAAAAUUUGGCAUCCUAGAGAACAAAACUACUGGAACCACACAAUAAAUAUGGACUAGAAAUAUGCAUCUCGGAUGACAGAUUGGAAAAAGGCAAGUUUGCUUGCAACUUUAACUUGGGUUGGCCAAUCCGAUAAACAUAUGAUCCUGUCACCUAAGCACACUCAUCUGCAAUUUGAUAUGCUCUAACUAAUAUUCUUUUUCCUCCGUUUUCGUUCUUAUUAUCAAACUAUUGUUCCAAAUUGAAAAUGUGUGACCUUCUUUGGGAAAACGUACACUAAGAAUAAUCUGUCAACCAUUAGAAAGCUAAACUGAUAGCUAAUGGCUUUUCUAACGCUCUAACGGUUUGCCCAAAUGCUCUAACAGUUUGUCAUAACGCUCUAAUGGUUUGUCAUAGCGCUCUAACAUUUUGUCUUAAGACUCUAACAAUUUGAGAGUCAAGGGUCUGAAUCAAAUUUUCUGGCACUUUUUGGUAACAUUUUCUUUCACAAUGCCAUCAAGAUCAUUAAUCUAUUAGUCUUGGUGGCAAGAGCAUGAUAGCACAUUCUUUUCCGGUAUUAAUCGCCAUCAGCGGGCAAAGCAUACGUGUUCAUUCCCUCAUAUGCAAAUUUAUUUCAUGUUGAUUUUGUUGGUGUUAAAAUGUGGCACUUUUAAGUCUCUGUGUUUUUUUCAGCCCUAUAUGAAUCAGAUAGACAUCAGUGAAACUUGAUCCUUGUGGAGAACUUAGUUUCCUAGCACAUGACUGAAAGUUUACUCUAAUAUUUAUUAAAGUUGACUUGUCAAGUCUGCAUGUUUUCUGUACAAGCAGUGUGUGAUAUGCAGUUCUUAGUCUGCCCAAAGUUUAGGGCUUGAAAUAACGGCCAGUCAAUGCACAAUGUCUGGACUAAUUGGAGAGUUGACUGGUCAACCUCUCAUCUUGCUGGUCAUGUUGAUUGCUCACAUUCAAUUGUACUGAAAAUGUAAUUGUUUCAGUUGUUAUCAGUAUGUAGCGAGUCGCUGUGUAUUGUGGAACUUUGAUCUAAAAUCCUGGGUGAAAUGCAACUUGAACCGUUGUUUACAAUUCGUGCAUUGAAACAGACAUUGGGAUUCAGGCACUUCCAGUCACAAAAUUAAUUAAAUAUUUUCACUUUUAUUAGUUAAGCAACAACUUUUUUAUUUUUUGGAAAUAGAUAAUGCCAGUUUUUGUUCAUGGACCCUUGUUUUAAGAGUUAUUCUUCUUAAAAAUAUGGCCGGCCAGAAAUGAUACGUCACUGAGCUAAAAUGAAUUUGGACAGUCAUCUUGUCUGGGGACUCUCCAGAAAUUAUUUUGAGCCCUGGAAAUGCAAGAAUGAGCUUCUGGAAGAAUAAUUUAUUUCCUCCAUUUGUGUUUUUUUUUGCCUCUUUUUCGAUAUGAUCAUUUCAAAACAUUUAGUUUGGCAUUUCCUUGUGAGUAUUCUGGUGCAAAUGUUGCCGUUUUUCAGAGGACUUAUGUCAAGAUGCUUUACAACAUUUUAAUUUUGCUAAUUAAUUGAAUAUCCUCUUUAGUAUUGCUCUGCUUAAGGUUUCCAAUCAAUUAUUGAUGAUAAUCAAAGACUUGCACACCACUACCAGGCUUUGUUUAGCAAUCUUGUAGUGUCUAUUGGAGAAACGUAUUCACUUUUGUUUGAGUCUGGACUCUUGUUUCCUUAUUAAUUAUACAUAAAACUCCAUGUUCAAAUUUAAGUGUCAAUUUUAUGGCCUAAAUGAUGAACUACAAUGGUUUGUCCAUCUUGAUUUUGAAGGGUGCAAGGCACUUAGCAGUUACAAAAGAGCCGAGCCAAGCAGAACAAUCAAGUCAGGAACAAAAAAACUAUUUGUUGAAUGUUUUUCAGGAUCCAGGCAGGAUAUUCUGCAGUUACUCCAAACUUGAGAAACUAUUAGCCGCAAUAAAAAGCUUUAUGUUUCAAAAGAGGUCAAAGAAUUCCCUAAAAUACUUCUGAGACAAAAAGCACAGGAAACACAUCAGCCUUAUGACUUCUCAAUCGGCAAAGUUAACAUUUGCUCAGUCAAAAACAAGUAUCCUCUACAGCAUACUCCACCCAUAUUUCUAAGGUUCAAGUUUUAAUGAUCAAGCACUCUUUUGAUGUUGAGCUCGGAUGGGUCAGGGAGUUUACACCGGCACUAUUGUCUGAUGCGCUUUUGUUAUUUAGCCAAUUUCCUGUCGUAAAAAGAGAUUAGUUUCUUUUUAAAUGAAGGGUAGCAGAAGACGUGAGAUCUAUUUCCUUUAAAAAAUGUCUUUCGAGGAUUUCUUUCAAGCGGAAAUCUUAUCUUGGAGUGCAGCCUGUUUUGUAGCUUGCUUAAUUUGAUUCAUUUCCACAUGAAUGCACUAACUUUCCCUUGGGAGAUAGUAGAGAUAUUAAUUAUCAUUUGCUUGUCAUUUUAUCGCUUCUCAGCCAGUUAGAAACUCCUGUAAGCCUGGCUGCGGACUAUUCAAAUUAUCCAAGAAUUGUGGGAGCCAGGACAAAUUUACUUGUAUACCCACCUUUCUCCUGCCUCCAACGCCAAAACAAUACCCCACUCCAAAACUAAUCCUGCCAGCUACGCAGGCUAUACAGGCUCCAGCGCCUUUUUUUCUCAUGCUCACCGAUUUUUUUUUCGCCCAGCUCCACUUGGGUGCCUGUUCACAGGCUAAAUCCAGGGAGCUUCCAAUUUAAAGAAACUUUGUAGCAUGUCAGUAAGGUAAUUGGACCUUUAAAAUUAUGAUUUUUGACACUUGAAUGUUUUGGCUUCAAUAACGUUUGCAUGUACCUGUGUACUUCUCAUUGCUCACUUGCCAACCUAAGUCAGGAAUCUGACCAAUCAGAUCAUGACACUAGAAUCUGGUAUCAUGAAUGGGCGUCAUCAAAACAAAAUCUACAGCACCACCACCUUUUUUUUCUUGCGCUCAUUGAUUUUUUUUUUUUUUUUUUUGGCCUUUCUUCGUGUGGAAGCCAUUUUUGCAUGCUAAAUCUAGGGAACUUCCAAAGUGAUUGGCCUAAAAAUAAUAACAAAAUUGUGACCAUCUCCAGGAUUUCUUACACCCAUAGCCUGCAUGGCAAGUGUUGAAGGGAGUAGAGAAGGGAAGAAAAAGAUAGGGGAGUUGGGGAGAGAGGAAAAGGGACUUCCCCACCCUUUUCCCACUGCUUUUUUUUCUACCCCUCCCAGUCCCCAUUUUCCACCUGCCAUGCAGGUUACACACCAAAGCUUUUCUAAGUAUUAAACAGGCAAAAACUAAGGCUAGUGAACAAUUUUUCAAAGCAUUUUAAUGGUUUGAUAAAGGACUUGAAUGGCUGGGUGAAAAUUUCUAACAGCUUUGGAAAGUAUUUGAACAGAUUGCCUUGUUUUUUUUGUUUUUUUUUAACAAGGUUUGCUUAACGGGUUGACUAGAUGACAUUAAUGACAUACACGAUGGGAGUUUGAUUGUUUGAUUUGGUGUUCAAAUCACAGGGAUUUUGUAUUUCAUUCAUUCAGUAGAUUUAAGGUUCACCAAACGGAUUAUUAUUACUGUUAUUGUUGCUGCGGAGCGACCUUUGGGAGCGAGCAGCAACAUAAUCAGGAUUUAAAGGAAAUAUAUAAGGGGCAACAAAUUCUAGAAUUCAUCACUUUUUACAACAAUGCAUUGCAUUUUACCACACUUUUUACCACAAUGCAUUGCAUUUAACCAGAGUACAUUGCGCCACGAAAAAGUCAAAUAACAACACGGGGAAGUUCGCAUCGUUCGCUGCCCAGACUCAGAGUUUUCUUUGUAGCAAAUUUUCUACAGCACGGUUAGAGGUCUUACCAAAUUUAAGACACGCAGGAGUCUUUCAGAUGAGUACGAUGGUUAACUUGGGGAUUGGAUUUCAAUUCAAGAGCCUUUGACUCGUCCAGGUGUUAAACCUGACGAGAAGAUGAGUAUUUGCUCUUCGACUCCGCAACACGGGGGAUAUACAAAUUCCAGCUUGCUAGAAGGUGAUGUGAAAGUGAGAAAAUGCCAUGCCAUGCUAUUCUUAAGAACCUGUAUGAGCCGAAAAUGGACGUGAUUUUGACCAUUCGCUUCAAAAUAACAGCGGAAAUCGAGUUGACAAAACUGUCCUAAGUUGCAGACGAGGACGUGUAUCGGCGUUUUGAAAAGCAUAAUUAUGUUCUUUCAUUCAUUCAUUGCCAUGGAAUAUGCGUUUACAUUGUUUUUUUGCUGUUAAUAGCUCGAUAAAUGCGGCUGGCGAUCAUCUUGCCGGCGGAAGUUUCACGGAAAAGGAAUUAAAUUAAAGACUUUUCCCAAAAUUAUGUAAUCAGUCUCUGUGGUGUAGUGGUGAGGUGUAGUCGCGUCGAGCCGACGGUGCCGGGUUCGAGUCCUUCCGAACUCUUUUUUUCGUUCUUUCUUUUUUUUUUCUGUUAUUUUGUGUUGUGUUGUUGUUUUCUAUAAAUAUAUAGCUAAAUAACUGUUACUUAAUAAAGUGCAAUAAACAGCAAGAGAAGUAUCAUGUUUCCAGAGAAAAGAUAGUACACCCUAUAUUAAAUAUAUGGAUAAACAAUCUGAAUUUCUAUCAUUUCCUACAAUUUACUGUGGGAAAACCAGAGUUGAUAACCACUUGACCAUUUUUUAAACAACGUUCCCACGAGUUCUUUAUAUAGACUGAUAGUAAUUGUUACUUUCCAACAUGUAAAUAGGAAAUUCAAUGUCAUUUUCGAUUCUUUUAACUCUCACUGCCUAACUAAUGCCAGUGUCAACAGAAUGUGCCGCAGCAUUACUAUCUUUUAGAUACCCUAGUUAUAAGAAAUUAUUAUGGUUAUUGAGGAACAAAUUGCAACCAAAUCUGUAGAGUUGGUGUUUGAAAAUAAGAGUGCUGGUAUGCAAAUUGUUUGUUUCUACAAUAGAUUCAUAAUUUAUGAUAAGUACUGCCCUGUAUACUAUAUACUAUAUACUUGCAGCACAUUACUUACAAUUAUUAACCGCUAGUAUUUAAUAAUAUUAAAUAUAAGUAACUUUGAAUGUUGUUGUUUCAGCCGGAGAUGGUUGGGCACUAUCUAGGAGAGUUUUCCAUCACAUACAAGCCUGUGAAGCAUGGAAGACCUGGUAUCGGUGCUACACAUUCAUCUCGCUUCAUUCCUCUCAAGUAA